AAAAGGAAGAGUGUGAGGGAAAGCAAAAGCAGCGAGUGAGAGAGAAAGAGGGGGAAAGAGUGAGUGAGUGAAGCCGGAGUUAAAGGGAGAUAAUAAGCUGCGACUUGAUAAUUUCCUCAAUAUCCGGGAACUUGAAAUGGCGGCACUCUGUACUAUACACUCGUACAACGACCCAGUUGAUGUAACAAAAAUAACAUCAGGUCUUUCCUGGGUUGGACAAAAUGAUGGAAACACCUUAAAAUUUCAAACAAAUUUAUUUUAAUAUGGAGUAGGACCACCUUUGGCAGUAAUUACAGCUUGAAUUCUACGAGGUAUGGACUCGUACAAAGUUUGAAUUGUUUCCAAAGGAAUUUUUGUCCAUUCUGCAGCUAAAACAGUCUCCAGUUCUUCUAGUGAUGGUGGUGGAGGAUAUCGACUCUUUACUUGUUUUUCUAAAAUGCACCAUAAAUGUUCAACAAUAUUGAGAUCUGGGGACUGUGGUGGCCAGAUAAGAUGUUCAACAUCACUAGAAUGUUCCUUGUGCCAUUCAGUAACAACUUUAGCUGUGUGAAUUGGUGCAUUAUCAUCCCGAAAGAUUGCAUUUCCCUCUGGAAACAGUUCCGCAACCAUAGGAUGAAUUUAAUCAGCCAUGAGGCUACGGAAAUGCUGGGCACUGACAGUAAUCACCUUUUAAUUUGCCAAUUCUAUGGGUUUGGCUUUUGCUGUAGGAGGAAAUUCAAUACCACUGCCUUCUUUGAUAUAUAUAUAUGGAAGAUGUCACUUAAUUGACAGUACUCUCCAUAGUAUGUUGGCUGUUCCCAGUAGGGCGAUCUCCUGGACUGUGUAGAUAUUGAUGUUAACUGGCAUAUGACAUUGAUGAAUGCGUAACUUUAAAGAAUAUGCCAUGUCCUGGGCGCUGUAUCAACAUUCCAGGAUCUUACAGAUGUAACUGUUCAGUAGCUGGAUAUGUAGAAAGCAGGAAUCCACAUUCUUGUAAUGACUUUGAUGAAUGUUCCAUCAAUAAUGGUGGCUGUUCUGACAGAUGUGAAAAUAUACAUGGCUCAUAUAAGUGUCGUUGUGAGAGAAGAGGUUACAAAUUAGCAGCAGAUCAACAUUCCUGUGAAGAUCUAAAUGAAUGUGAACGUUAUAGGAAAGCCUGCAGUGGUGGGAAAUGUUUUAAUACUGUUGGAUCAUACUACUGCAAAUGUACAAAAAGUUUUGUUCUUAGUGAAGACAAGUCCCAGUGCAUUGAUAUCAAUGAGUGCGAAUCGAAUAAUGGUGGCUGCAGUAUGGGAUGUGUAAACCUGUUUGGAUCUUUCAAAUGCACUUGCCCAAAAGACGCAUAUACAAUUGCUGCUGACGGAUUUUCUUGUUUAGAUGUUGAUGAGUGUGAAAACAACAAAGGAGGAUGUGAUGAGAAAUGUAUCAACACCAUUGGGUCUUUCAAGUGUCUGUGUGAAACAUUUGGAAAAGUUUUAUCUGAAGAUGGCAAGACUUGUCAAUUUUGUACAGAAAACACCUACUUUAAUUCUGCCAAGAAGUCUUGCACCAGCUGCCCUAAACAUUCUUACAUUGCUGAAGGUUCACCUCAUCUAUCAGUUGAUGAAUGCAUUUGCAAUAACGGUUUUGCAGGAAAUCCUGGGAAGGCUGUUACAUGUGAAGAUAUAGAUGAAUGCAGCAUAUCUACUAACCAAAGCAAGGCUUGUUCGUAUGGUUGCAUUAACACACCAGGAAGUGCAUACUGCACAUGUCCCAACGGAUUCACUUUGCAGGAGAAUCAAAGGGACUGUACAGACAUUGAUGAAUGUGCUUCAAGAAAUGGUGAUUGUCAACAGAUCUGUAUGAAUGUAGAUGGUUCUUACUAUUGUGAAUGUCACAGACCAGGCUUUAUGCUGUCUAAUGAAGAUAACAAAACCUGUCUAGUUGUUCAAAACUGGCGCAAUAUGCCAAUAGGUUGGAGAAGGAGACUGCCAAAACCUGUAUCAUCAUCAUCCAACUUCAUUUUAGACUCUCCUCAUCUAACUGGUCGUAAAGGUGAUGGUACGUUUAAAAAACAAGGGAAUGAAACACAGGAAUCUGACAUCGAUGAGUGUGCUGAAGGCUUUGGUUGUGAAUAUGACUGUGUGAACACCAAUGGCAGUGCCUACUGUGCUUGUGCAGUUGGUUUUGAAUUGGCACCAGACAUGAAGAACUGUACAGAUAUAGAUGAAUGUUUCCUUGAUAACAACACUUGUGGAGAAACCUGCAUCAAUCUGGAAGGCUCUUAUGAAUGUAUAUGUAGCUCUGCUGGCAUGAAACUCUCCUAUGACAGAUUCUCAUGUAUAGAUAUCAAUGAAUGUGUGGAAGGUUUUAAUCCCUGUCAAGAAAACUGUGUGAAUACUAUUGGGUCAUUUUACUGUGAAUGUUUGACACACGGAUUUGAACUCACUGAUGGUUUCAACUGUUCUGAUGUUGAUGAAUGUGCCUCAGAAUUAAAAAAUGGAUGUGACCAGCUCUGUUACAAUGUACCUGGCUCUUAUGAUUGUGACUGCAACCCAGGUUACUGGAUGGAUACUUCAUUGGAUUGCAUAGGUUGCCUGCAGAACACAUACCGUUCAAAGACUGAUGUUAUCUGUGUUCACUGUCCCAACUCCUCUCACACUGAUGGUCCAUUGAAAACCUCAAUUAAUGAUUGCUUCUGUAAUGAAGGUUACCGAGGCAGUCCACCUGACAACAUUCCAUGUGAAGACAUUGAUGAAUGUGAGAACAAUUAUUUUGCCUGUGAACACAAAUGUCACAAUACUCCUGGCUCUGUUCACUGUUCCUGUCCCAAAGGAUACCAACUAACAGAAAAUAAGAAGAACUGCACUGACGUCAAUGAAUGCCUUAGCAGUAAUGGUAACUGUGCCCAAAUCUGCAUCAACACUAUCGGCUCUCAUCAUUGUGAGUGUGAACCAGAGAAAUAUGUCUUGGCAGCAAAUGGAUAUUCCUGUUCUGAUGUAAAUGAAUGUGCCAAAGAAAAUGACGGAUGUUCACAGAUAUGUGUAAAUACUGUCGGUAGCAGCUACUGUGCCUGUUCUCAUGGUUUUAAAUUGAAGCCAAAUACCAAAGAUUGUACUGACAUCAAUGAGUGCGAAGAUAAUUACAUCUGUGAUGAUAUUUGUAUCAAUAACAAUGGAUCAUUUGAAUGUUUCUGUAACAAAACUGGUUUCAUCCUACACAGCAACAGAAGAUCAUGUAUUGAUAUCAAUGAAUGUUUCGUGAAUAAAAGUAUCUGCCAUCAGGCCUGCGAGAAUACGCAGGGCUCUUACCGUUGUUACUGUAUGACUGGAUAUACCCUAAGUGAAGACGGAUACACCUGCGAAGAUGUUGAUGAGUGUGCUUCAAACAAAACUCAUGGCUGUUCCAGUAUCUGCGUUAAUAUUCUUGGUUCUUAUCAAUGUGAUUGUCCCAGUGGCUACCAAGUGUCAAGUGGAACAUCCUGUAGCAAAUGUCCACAUGAUAGUUAUCGAAGUGUAAAUGAUACAGGUUGUCAACGUUGUCCAGCAGAUUCAUUCACAUCUGAUUCUGGCAGCACAUCCAUUGAAGACUGUUUUUGUGCAUCAGGAUAUAUUAGAGACAGGUUUGGAAAGGAACACUGUACAGAUAUCCAUCCAUGUCUGCAAAUUGGACUAAACUGCUCCCAGUACUGUAAACUUAGUCAAGAGGCGCCAUACUGUUAUUGUGCUAGUGGCUUCCAACUCCAAAGCAACAGUAGUUCAGAAUGUGUUGAUAUUGAUGAAUGUGCUGAAAACAAUGGAAAAUGCAAUCAGGUCUGUAUCAAUACAAUUGGUAGCUAUAAAUGUGACUGCAACGAAGGAUAUCGCAUGUUGUAUGGCGACAUGUAUACUUGUGAAGAGACCAAUGAGUGUGAUUUCAACAAUGGUAACUGCAGUCAUCAAUGUGUCAAUGAUGUAGGUAGCUUUCACUGCACAUGUAACGAAGGUUAUACUUUAUCAACUAAUGGCCAUUCCUGUCUACCAAGUGAUGGCUGUGAAAAUUUUCAAGUUCCUGAACAUGCAGUUAUAAAAAACCACUUAUGCCAGAGAAAUCAAAGAUUAAAAUUUGGCCAAAGAUGUCAUAUCACUUGUUUAAAAGGUUUUAAUAUGGAAGGUCCUUCGACGGUAAUAUGCUUGAAGACUGGCUCUUGGUCAGGACAUAAUAUCACUUGUAGAGAUAUCAAUGAAUGUGAAGAAAACAAUGGUAAAUGCAACCAGAUAUGUGUUAAUGAACUGGGUGGCUAUAGUUGCAAAUGCAUAGCUGGUUAUAGAUUGCACAAAAAUAGACAUAUUUGUUCUGACUGGAAUGAAUGUCAGGAGGACAAUGGUAGAUGUGACCAUCAAUGUGUGAAUACAGUGGGAAGCUACUUCUGUGAAUGUAAUCAAGGUUUCUCUCUGGACACUGAUAAACACUCUUGCACAUCUGAUGGAUGUGACCAAUUCCAAGUUCCUGAUAACGCUUUGGUAAACAACAAUAAAUGCACAGACAUUAAAGGUCAUAUUGACGUUGGAACUGUUUGUGUUAUCAGCUGUCAAGAUGGUUUCAUGCUUGCAGGAUAUCCAACAGUGAGUUGUCUUAUAAAUGGAACAUGGUCAAGACAUAGUGCUACUUGUAAAGAUAUCAAUGAGUGUACAAAGGAUAAUGGAAGAUGUGCCCACCGGUGUAUUAAUACAGAGGGCAGCUACUUAUGUGAGUGUAAUCAAGGCUAUACUCUGGAGAUUGAUGGACAUUCUUGCUCAGAUAUUGACCAAUGCCAGGAAAAUAAUGGAAACUGUGAACAAAACUGUCACAACACGAAUGGAAGUUAUGUCUGUAGCUGUAAUGCUGGCUUUACACUGCACCCUGAUAACCAUUCUUGUUCAGAUAUCAAUGAAUGUCACCAAAACAACCAAUGUGAACAUUUGUGCUUUAACACUGUGGGCAGUUACCGUUGCAUAUGUAAUUCAGGUUUCACUUUGGAUAUGGACAAACAUUCUUGUGUUGGAUAUUGUGAUAUGUUUGAACUCCCUGAAAAUACAUUUGUGAAAAACUCAGGUUGCCCACUGAAUCAGAAAAUAAAAAUUGGCUCCAAAUGUCAAGUUCAGUGCCAUAAAGGUUAUCGGUUGAGUGGCUCGUCAACUUAUAAAUGUUUAAAAAAUGGUUUCUGGUCAAAGAAUAACGUCACAUGCAUAGAUAUUGAUGAAUGUAAAAAGAAGAAUGGUAAAUGUGACCAUAAGUGUGUCAAUACAUUAGGCAGUUACUUUUGUAAAUGUAAUGAUGGCUACAAUCUUCACCCAAAGGGACAUUCUUGCAUAGAUAUCAAUGAAUGUGAGAAGAAAAAUGCCAGCUGCCAACAUAUUUGUGUCAAUUCGAAGGGGAGUUAUUUCUGCAAAUGUAAAGUUGGUUUCACUCUCAAUCCUGAUGGAUAUUCAUGUAAAGCUAAAUUCUGUGACAAGUUUCAAGUACCAGAAAAUGCUAUUGUCAAAAAUCAGAGAUGCUUAAAAGACCCUUUAAUGAAACUAGGGAGUCGCUGCCAAGUAAAAUGUCGCAAAGGUUUCCGUUUGCCUGCAUCUUCAACUUUUAGAUGUUUAAAAGAUGGUUCCUGGUCAAAGAAAAAUGUUUCAUGUGAAGAUGUCAAUGAAUGUGAAAAGAAUAAUAAAUGUGACCACCAGUGUAUCAAUACUCCGGGCAGCUAUUUCUGUAAAUGUAACAAAGGUUACACUCUUGAUUCAAAAGGACAUUCUUGUAAAGCUGAAUAUUGUGAAACUUUCCAUGCUCCUGUAAACGCUGAUGUAAAACAUGAAGCCUGUUUAAAGAACCAGACAUUACAGACUGGAACCAAAUGUCCAAUUAAAUGUCACAAAGGUUUUCAUUUGGAUGGCUCCUCAACCCUAAGAUGCCUUAAAAAUGGUUCCUGGUCUAGAAAUAAUGUCACCUGUGAAGAUAUUGAUGAAUGUGAGAAGAAUAAUGGUAAAUGUGAGCACCAGUGUGUCAAUACAAUGGGAGGUUACUUCUGUAAAUGUGACCCAGGUUACAAUCUCAAUCCAAAUGGCCACACUUGCUCAGCCUCACUGUGUAACACACUUACUGCCCCUGAUAAUAAUAAUAAUGUAACAGUGAAGAGUGUUAAGUGUCUCACCAGAGCUAAGCUAAUUGCUGGAACUAAAUGCCAACUUGCUUGUCCAAAAGGCUAUGAAGUAAAAGGUCCUUCAUUCUUGGAGUGUUUAGAAAAUGGUACUUGGUCAAAAUUCAAGUCUACCUGCCAAGACAUCAAUGAAUGUGAAACCAACAAUGGGCAGUGUAGCAACAUAUGUAUCAAUGAAGUGGGCAGUUAUCAUUGUGAAUGUCCAGAUGGACUCAAUUUAACAUCUGAUGGUCAUUCUUGUCUAGCAUCACAUUGUCCAAGCUUGGUGUUUCCAGAAAAUGGUCAGUUAAUACCAGCCUCUUGUCAAUACCCUGAUGAAACUGGUAUAAAACCAGGAACUGUAUGCAAGGUGAAGUGUUUGAAAGGAUACACAGUUAAUGGUACAAAAUCUGUAAAAUGUUUGUUAAAUGGAUCUUGGUCUCAGAAACAAGCAACAUGUGCAGCCAAAUCAUGCCCUAACAUGAGUAUCACCCCUCAUGCCAUUUUGGAGCCAACCAUUUGUCAAAAUUCCACUGUUCCUGUGAACACCUUUUGCCAGACAAGAUGUGCAAGUGGAUAUCAGUUAGUUGGAGAUGCUAUAAACCAUUGUCUUCCUUCAUUAACCUGGGCAAAGGAACCAGCCAAAUGUGUUCCAUUAACCAUUGUCAAUGGUAUCCAGUGUCCAACCAACAUACAAGAGGUUCUACCUAAGAAAAAGAGUUAUAUUGCUAUUUCUAUGCCACAUAUUGAGAAUUCAGCCGAUUGGACAGUUGAAGAGACAUGGGCAAACUUUAAAAGAUCCACUGUAUUGUUCCAAGCUGGCAAAACUGUUCUUCAUCUAAAUGUGAAGAGCAAAUCAGGAGAUAUAGUUAAAUGCAAUCUGACUAUUGAAGCAAUUGAUCAAGAGCCUCCAGUUUACAGAUCUUGCCCCAAGAUUGUUCAAACUGUAGCAUGGGGAAAACAUCCCAAAGUUUUUUGGGAAAUACCAAUAUUUUUAGACAACGUAGCUGUUGUCAAAAUAAAAAGUAAUAAAGUCCCAGAAGAAAGUGAAAUGGAUUUUGGAAUGAACCAAGUCAUUUACACAGGUCGAGAUAGUGAAAAUAACUUUGCAAGGUGUAUAUUUAUGGUGGACAUAAAACAUGGAAGAUGUCCAGAAUUAGUCAAACCACAAAAUGGUUACCUACGUUGCAGUUACACUGAUGAUGAUGCACAAACAUGCACAGCAGGAUGUAAUUCAUAUUUCCGUUUUCCACACAAUCAUACCAAAUUUGUAUUCCAAUGUCCUCCUAACUCAAACAAGUGGAAUAUUCCACCUAUUCAACUUACGCAUUGCAUAGAUAUGUGUAAGCCAGGAAGUUUCCGGCGAACUGCCACUGUUUGUGAGCCAUGUGCAAUAGGGACCUUCCAGAACAAAUGGGAGAAGACUUUCUGCAAACCAUGUCCUGUUGGAAAAACUACACUUGCUGCAGGAGCAAAGAAUCAAAGACACUGUGUUAGCAUUUCUCAAUAAAAGAAUUCUUAAGGCCUGUUACUAUGUCUACUUAACUUCUAUUAUAACUAUCCCAUAACCACUAUAGCUACGACUAUACCAUAAUCCCUAUUAUAACUACUCCUAACAACCACUUAUGUAACUAAACCACUCUACCCUCCACAACCAUUUUUAUAAUUACCCUACACUGCUGUCACAAUUACUGUUAUAAUUAUUCCACUCUACCACCCUAACUACUGCUUCAACUACCCACCUCUACCUAUUAUUAUUAUUAUAACUAUCCCCCAUAACUACUACACACUUAUCUCCUGCUACAACCACAUCUGUUUAUCUUCUCUUGAAUGAAACACUAUCUGGUUGUUAUUAUGUUGCAGUAUUCUAUUAAAGGAAUGAUUAUAUUGGUGCUUUGUAUAUAGCAGUAACCAGUGGUAGUGUAGCAGUAACUUAUGGCUAUGUAGUGGUAACUGAACAAAAGAGAAUAAAUUGCAUUUAAAAUUAAACAUAA